UCCAUUCUAGAUGAUGACAACUAAGUUCAUAAAGACUUCUCUUUGCAUCUCUAAGGCCUAAGGGGAUAUCUAGGCUGUGGAACCAAGGAAUAUUUUCAUUUUGUGAUAAUUCCUAUCGACCGGUAACUCAAGCUAUGGUUAUUGCAGACCCGCCUCCGCAAAGGAGUAGCCGGUAAGCUAUGUCAAGCUAGCAAGCAAUUUUGAUUACCCCAAAUUGCUUUUGGCAAGCAUUUUCAAAUAAACAUUGAAGCUUUUAACGAGUAAAUUUUGGUUUCUUCCGUCGGAUUCUGUAAUAUAGAGGUCCCAACUUUUUCAUUUUGCAGUUUCCCUAAGUUAGGUGCUACGAAAAGGAAGACAAUACUUUAUUCUGUUGCUGGGACCAUUGGCUUUAGCUUAUUAACAAUACUCAAGUCAAGACUAUUGUUUUCUUGUUUUGCGAGACCUUGUUUAUUACUCCACUAAUGGAUUGAAAGCAAUCAAUUUGGUCAACUUAAACUGAUAGUAACUUCUAGAUAUGUGCAGCUCUGUUGUUAGAUCUGAAAAGAGAUAGUAUAAACUUAAUAAAGAAAUGAUUCUCAUUUCCACAAAAUCAUGCUCCUUUGAUCUACUCAUGGUUACUUUCUUCUUGCUUCCUACACCAAGAAUAUCUUCUAGUAUUCCAUCUUCAGAAAAGGAAUUGGGGUGAUUUAAAGACUCAAGAUUCUUGGUAUUAAACUGUCAAUGGCAAAAGAUCAAGCUUCCUUUUUCAGUUUUCGAUCUUGUUGCUACAUUCUUGUUUUUUUCUCUGCCUUCUCAUCCAUUCCUCUCCUCUACUGGUCUUAUUCCUUUGGCUAUGGCUAUUCCUAUAUCCAAAUGACAGUGAACAAUGAAAACAAACCAAUUAAUCUCCUUAGAUUCUCAAAAGCUUGGAACCAUCUUGUCUUUUCAUCAAAACCACCUCAAAGGCUCCUUAAAAUUGCUCUGUUUGUCAAGAAAUGGCCAGAUGAACAACACGCGGGAGGACUUGAACGACACGCCUUAACACUCCAUCUCGCCUUAGCCAAACGGGGACACGAGCUUCAUAUCUUCACAGCUUCAUCCUAUAAUUCAACCUUGCCUUUAUAUCCCCUAAUGAGGAAUCUCCGUUUUCACAUCUCGAGGCCUACUGCUGGUGGAUAUCUUGACCAAGCCGUUGUUUGGAAGCAAUUUCAAGUAGAAAAUGCAACACAAAGGCCAUUUGAUGUGAUUCAUACAGAGAGUGUAGGCCUCAGGCAUACAAGAUCAAAUAACCUUAAUAAUCUUGCGGUUAGCUGGCAUGGAAUUGCUUAUGAAACUAUACAUUCUGAUAUCAUUCAAGAACUUCUACGAAAUACUAAAGAUCCACGAUCAAAUGCUUUGACCGAAAGAGUGAAGAAGGUUGUCGAUGAGGUAAAGUUUUUCCAAAGUUAUGCUCACCACAUUGCCACGAGCGAUCAUGCUGGAGAUGUACUUAAAAGGAUCUAUAUGAUCCCUGAAGAACGCGUUCAUGUCAUUCUAAAUGGUGUCAAUGAGGAGAUAUUCAAGCCUGACGUUUCAAAAGGCAAUGAUUUUAGGUUAAACCUAAGUAUCCCAAAAUCAAAGUCCCUAAUUUUGGGGUUAGCCGGGAGGUUGGUUAAAGAUAAGGGACAUCCUUUAAUGUUUGAAGCCUUAAAACAAAUUUUCAACGAAAACUCAACAUUCAGGGAUAGUGUCAUUGUACUAGUUGCUGGAAAUGGUCCGUGGGGUGCUCGAUACAAAGACCUCGGAUCAACUAAUGUGAUGGUUUUGGGACCAUUGGAACAAGCUCAACUAGCAACAUUCUACAAUGCAAUAGAUGUAUUUAUAAACCCAACAUUAAGAGCUCAAGGUUUGGAUCAUACUUUGCUGGAGGCAAUCCUAACUGGUAAGCCUUUGAUAGCGACGAAACUUGCCAGUAUUACGGGGUCUAUUAUUGUUAGCAAAGAGAUGGGGUAUACAUAUGCACCUACAGUAGGGGAACUAAAGAAAGUUUUGUAUGAGGUUUGGGACGAUGGAAAGGAAAUUCUGAAGCAGAAAGGCAGAUUUGCUAGGGAGAGAGGUUUGAAGUUGUUUACUGCUACCAAAAUGGCUGCAGCAUAUGAAAGGCUUUUUCUUUGCAUCUCAGGUGAUGUAAAGCAAGGCAAAAAGCAUGACAAUUAUUGUAGUUACCAACCUCAGUUCAACUGACAGAGAGUCUUAGAACCAGGCGUAGUCAGGAUUUCAACUUUAUGGUUUCUGUAUUUUAGAACGAUGACUUCAAGUGUUAAUAAAUGAGUUCUAAAUUUAA